AUGAUCCUUUGGUUGAAUAUUAUUUCAUUGUUCCGUGAUGUACCGAACAAGAUCCAAGGCAAACAUUGGAAACCGAUUGAGGAUAGUAGUGACAACAUAGUGGAGAUGAUCAAGGAGACAAUUGACAAAUGUCUUCAAAUUUCGAAAAUACUUUUGAACACUCAAAAGCACAAGUCAUUGCAACUUAAGCUCCUACAAUCCAAUCCCCAGUCUCUUCGAGACGAAGUGCUUCUGCAAAGCAGUAAUACAUUACCAGGAGGGAAGACGACUUGUCAUAAGAUUCCAGCGUCACCGAAUGCCAAUUUUUUCGGUCGGGAAAGUCACAUCAAAGACCUAAAGACCAAGCUUCAGCUCGACAAAGAGCCCCUUCCCACUGGGCUCUUAUCAGUUGCUUUACAUGGACUCGGUGGCAUGGGAAAGACACAAAUAGCCAUUGAAUUUGUACACAGGCACACAGCAAUAUUUCCCGUUAUUCUGUGGUUUAACGGUGAAACGGAGGAGUCAAUGCAAGAGAGCUUUAACUCAGCGGCCGUGGAAUGGCUAGGUUUACCGGGCGCAGAGUCAAACAAAGAUGCGGAAAACCGGAUGGUUCUCAUCAAGUGGCUUCAGGAGACAGACAUUCGAUGGCUCGUAGUUUAUGACAAUGCGGAGGACACGGCCAUCUUCAAUAAAUAUUGGCCUGGAAUGGCCAAGAACGGCGCGGCUAUCAUCACCGCACGCAAGCACACCUUCAAUUGGGGCCGUGAGUCGCUUGAAGUUGGAGAGUUUCCUCCAGAUAUUGGACUGGAGUUUAUUUUAUUCCUCCUCAGAGAUCGUGUACUGUCACAAGCAGACAGAGAAGCGGCUCUUGAGCUUACGCAGACUUUGCAUGGCCACCCACUGAGCAUUAAUCUGAUGGUAGCCCUCAUGCAUAACAAAAUGUGGUCUUUCCGUCGGUUCUUACGGGCUUAUGAAGCCAAUCGAGAGAGACUACUUGCAAAUCUCAAACCUGAAUGGUCUCAUGGGGGAUACAAUCUCACCCUCGGAAAUCUUUUUUCAAUGUCCUUUGGAGCAUUAUCUCCAAAUUCGCAUCACAUGCUAGGUGUUCUUGCUCUUAUAUCACCAGAUAUCAUAACAGAGGACAUCUUCACAGUGAAUCCAGAUCUCGAAAUACCCGAGACACUUCGGUUUUGCCAGGAUGAGGAUGAGUUAUUUGAUGAUGUCACUGAGGAACUUAUUGCACUCGCCUUGAUAAAGCGCGUUCCUAGUAAUGAAACGAUAAAUAUCCAUCGCCUCAUCCAAGAUGAGUACAAAAGCCAACUGGACAGCAAAGCAUGGCAGAAAGCUUUCGAUGCGGCUUCGGUGUUGUUGAAUGAAGUUUUUCCAAAACAGGAUAAGGGCGAGAGGUUUGAGAGUCGCAUGCCGAUCUGUGCUCGAUAUAUACAGCACGUUUACUGUUUACGAGACAACUUGAAUACUGCUUUGAACGCAAAGCACAAGACAGGCAUAGUUCCAUCAGCAGAGUAUGUGGAAUUGAUGACAAAUGCGGCUUGGUAUUGUGCAGAACGACAGGGUCUUGAUGAACUUGAGAUCAUGUUAGCCAAUGCGUUCCGUGCAAUGGAGACCAACAAUAUGAAGGAAACCGCACCGUUGUCGUGGGCCCAUCUUUGCAAUUCGGCAGGUCGACUUUGGGGACACCGUGGUUACUUUGACCAGAGCGAGCGAUACUUACAGCAGUGUCUUGCUAUCCGCAAAGCCCAUCUCGGGCGUGGAGACCAAAAUGUGGCAGGAAUUUUGAGCAAUUUGGGCAAUCUCAACAUUUCUAUGGCACGGUAUGACACUGCACUGAGUUACCUAUACCAGGCCCUUGAUUGGGGCGUUGUAGAUGGCAUUAAUCGGAUAUCCAUUCGUUUUCAAUCAGUCAUCAUGAAAAACACUGCAAGGGCAUUUACCGAGAAGGGAUGUACAAAGAAGGCAAAAGAGUGGUAUGCGAAGGCAGACGGGCUAUAUCCUUCUGCUACCAAGGCACCGCUCAACCUGUUUCACAAGGCCAGAGUUUGUUUGAAAGACGGAAACCUUGAAAAGGCAAGAGAGACUCUACAGGAAGCUCACGAAUGGCAAACUAUCUCAAAUGAGGGUCCGACAUCUUUAAUGAUUGCUUGCUGCAAAUAUCGCUUGGGUUCAAUUGCGCUGGCACAAGGAGAGACAGACGCUGCGAUUCAGUACGGAACAGAGGCAUUAGCGAUUAUCAACCUUCGACAAUCCCCAGAUGCUCACAAGGCCCGUGUCGUUUAUCUAAUGUGGAGGUCCAAGAGCCAGGCCGGAUUUGAGGACCCUAACGAGGAGCAAGAGUUUAAAGAACUGCUAGAGCAAGCCCAUGAAAUCCGCAAGACUUUAACUGGUAAAGGGGGAUACGAGAGUGAUAGCGAGGAGGCAUACGAUUUAUUGGUUGACAUUCAGUUACGUUGA